AUGCAUAUUACACGUUUCCUUGCGCUAACGAGUCUCAAGACCUUGGCAAACUUCGCCGCUCCCGACCCGCCAAUCCUCGCAAUCGUUCAAUCUAAGAGCUCCUAUGUGUGGACUCCGAAUGUCCCUGCGGGUACAGUUGUGCGCUUACAAGCCAAUGAUAGCUCGGGGACAUUGGCGUCUACUAACACAUUUGUGAUACAAAAAGGAACGGACACCUCUUGUGUUAUCCUUCCCAGCUCUCAGUCGACGAUAUCCUCGACAAGUAGUUUGGGAGGAGCGGCACUUUCGCUUGCGUUGCGGCCAUCUUCUAGCCAACUGUCUUCUUCCAGCGCAUCCGAGUCAUCUGCGUCAACUAAAACAACCGGGAAAGCUACAGCCGCAAGAAACGACGGCCUUGCCAUCGCCGCCAUUGUAGUGCCCGUCUGCACUUUACUGGUCUUUCUAUUGAUUGGCUUACUGGUCCUCUUGAGGCGUAGAAGACGCCAGCUCAGACGCGGUGACAACUUGAAUCACUUCACAGAUCUCGAGAAUUCUGAAAACCCAUUUGAGUCACCGAUUUCGAGUCCAAGUGUGGCUCCCGGUGGUGGAUCGAUGUCCGAGAAAGAAAUGUACACUCUCAUCCGAGAGAUGCAGAACACCACAGUGACUGGAGGAAACGAGCGAAUCGCGGAGUUGCAGCGGCAGAUUGAAGACCUCAUGGCCGACAAUGCGAUGUUGAGCGGCGAGCUGCCUCCCGAUUACGAAAAUCACAUCUCAACUUUUUUUUAUCUCUUUGACCAUUCAAUGAGCAAAUCUUCAACUGCUACAGGGAAGAAUUCAAUAUCUUCAAAGUCAGCUUGGGCAAAGGGCCCACCGCAGACGGCAUCCGCACCCUCUCCUCGCUCACAAUCUCCCGCCCCUUCUCCCACUAGCAAUGGCCCACAACCAACACACUCGCGAAGAUCGAGCACACUUGGCCAAGGGGUUCCCAUAAAAGACGGCGUGAGCAUACCGGGCAAGAAUGUCGGGGCUGUAAAACAAGGUUCUGCAGUAACCUUUGGCUCCAUAGAUGACGCUUCUGCGCCCAUUUCAUCGUCGCCUGCCCCGCCAACCGCUCCCAUCAAAUCCGAGGUUGUAAAAUCUUUCGGCACCGUCCCCGCCGCUCAUGUCAACGGCAAACCGUCUAUAUCUAAGUCUAUAGGUGUAUCUUCAUCCUCAUCACCGACAACUUCGACCCCAGUUUCGGCCGUUCCGUCGACAUCGUCCUCGCCUGCACCAAAACUCAACAAGAUGGACGUUCGGGCGCUUUUCCAAAACCCUUCAACUCCCGCUCCCCCAUCUUCGCAACCCGAAACAUCUUCACCCUCAAUCCGAACAGCCUCCCUUCCUCAACCAUCCCAACCACCGCAGCCUCCAAACCCCUCCCAGUUUGGCACCCCCUUCUCCACCUUCGUACCCCGUCAGCAACAACAGCAACCACAAAAUGGCGGUGCAUCAGGCUCUCGUCCACCUCCUUCCCCCGUGUAUGGGCGACCGCCAAUACCCAACGGCAACGGGCCAAGACCACCAAAUGGCCCACAAGUGCCUAACUCGGCUAUGGGAAGCCCACGGCUAUCGCAGAACCCCCAGCCAGGAAUGCAAACUGGUAUGCCUCCUCAAAUGGCGCCGCCGAUGGGCUGGUCGGGAUACUACUAUGGGCCUCCAACUGGAUUGCCCAGUGACCAACCGGGAUAUAUGUACCAACCUAGCGGGUGGUAUAUGCCUGCGCCACAAAUGCCGCCCCAAGGUCAACCAAUGCAUCCGGCUCCUCAAAUGCCGCCACAACCAGGCAUGCCCAUGUCUCCCCGAACUCAUCCAAUCCCCCUUCACAGUGGUCCUGGCACUCCGACGCCCGCUCACGCUGUCCCCGUCCCUCCUCAUCAUGCGGCUCCGCCAUUAGCCCAGCAUUCAUCGUCUGGCAGUGUGACGGCAGUAUCUUCGCCUCCUCCAACUCCCUCCACCGCGCGUUUAAAUACUGGCGCCCCUACAUUUGUCCCUGGCGGUGCUGCCCCCCGACCAAAGUCCAAAAUUGUGCUGAAAAGUGCUGAUGGGACUGAAGUGAAGCUCGAAAGCUUGAAGCAGCAUGUGCAGCCCGCUGCGACACCCGCAACACCACCCACAUCGACUGUGCCAUUGGCAACCAAUAGUCCUGGACAUCAAAGUAGGAAGUCGGUGCAGAUCCGCAUGGAGAGCGAAGAGGCGCGUAAAAAACGAAUAGCUGCUGAUGAGGAGGCGAAAGAGAAGGCGGAGAAGGCAGAGAAGGACAAAGUCGCCAAGGCUAAGGCAGAAGCGGAGGAGAAGGAGAAGGAGCGACUGCGGAAAGAGAAGGCAGAGGCCGACAGGAAAAAGAAGGAGGAGGAAGACAAAAAGAGGAGGUUAGAGGAAGAAGAGCGCAAGAGGAAAGAGGAGGAAGAGGCCAAAGUUAAGGCGGAGAAGGAAGAAAAGGAACGCAAGGAAAAGGAGGAACUGGAGAGGAAAGCAGAAGAGGAGCGACAAAAGAAAUUGGAAGAAGAGGCCGCUGCCGAAGCCAAACUCAAAGAGUCAGCAACCAUCACGGAAGAGCCUGUUGAACUCGAGGAUGGUGAACUCCAAGAAGUCGAACCUAUCAGCGACAAAGACAAGGACUCGGGAGAAGCUACUCCAAUCAAAGACACGCCUCUUCGUAUCGACACAGCUCCUUCAACAGAGGGAGCGCGCCGUCGUCCAGGCCGCCUUGAUCUUAGCAGCACUCUCAAGACCAACAUUCCUUCCGCUCUCCCUUCUGCCCUCGCCACUGCUCGCAUCAUCGAAGAUCUCAGUCGCAUCACCUAUCCCGAGAAUAUUCAGAGCCCCAAGUUAGAACUCAAUGCCAACGCCAAAGAUGGCAAGUUCCGAUAUGAUCGUGAUUUCCUCCUUCAAUUCAUGUUGAUCUGCAAGGAGAAGCCCGACAAUCUUCCCCCACUCGACGCGAUCGGUAUUGGCCCAGCUGACCAAGCAGCUAUGACGAGAACAUCGUCAAGAGGAGGCACUCACCGACCCGGCCGGACAUCAUCAAUGUCUGGUCCCUCUGGUGGAAACACGACGCCGGGAUUCCCAUUCCCUGGCAAGGGUCCAGCGCCGUUUGGUGGCAGCAUGGGUCAUUUCCAAGGCGCGGGUACAAAGCUCACGAGCGAAGAACGAUUCGCUCUCGCCAACGGAAAUCGUGCAACCAGUGUCUCUGGUCUUGGUCAAUUCCGUCCUGCGCAAAUGCAACGGACCGCGAGUCAGCCUGGAGUGGGUUCUGCUCUUGGAAGCAAGCGGACACGGAGUAAGCGGGGUGAAACUCGCGACAAACACAACUCCACACAAGCACUCACACCAUUGGCGGGUAUCGAGAACGCUGCACCGCUAGCAAUAAGUGCCAACCGAUGGGAUCGUCGCGCUCUCAACCAGAUUGAUGCGGAUUCGCCAGAAGCCGUCGACCGUAAAGUCAAGAGUUUACUCAACAAACUGACGAUGGAGAAGUUCGAUUCGCUUUCGGACCAAAUCAUUCAGUGGGCGAACAAGUCGGAGAAGGAGAAGGACGGGAGGACACUCAUCCAAGUCAUUCGACUGGUGUUCGAGAAGGCGACGGAUGAGGCCACUUGGUCGGAGAUGUAUGCUCGUCUUUGCCGCAAGAUGAUGGAGCAAAUCAGCCCCAAGGUUCAGGAUGACGGUAUCAAGAAUGCCGAGGGCAAGCCCAUCGCUGGUGGCCAACUGUUCCGGAAGUAUCUCUUGAACCGCUGUCAAGAAGACUUCGAGCGUGGUUGGGUAGCAAAGGAGGCGACUGCCGCUGCCGCUGCUCUUAAGGCGACGGAGGACAAGGCCAAGGCUGCUGCUCAAGAGAAGAAAGACGAGGAGGGUGGAAACGGUGACUCGAACGAAGACCCAGUGCUCUAUUCAGAUGAGUACUACGCUGCGCAAAAGGCAAAGCGUCAGGGUCUCGGUUUGAUCAAGUUCAUCGGCGAGUUGUUCAAGCUCCAGAUGUUGACUGAGCGCAUCAUGCACGAGUGCGUGAAGAAGCUGCUCGGCAACGUCGAAAAUCCCGAAGAAGAGGAGAUUGAAAGUCUUUGCAAGCUUAUCUCUACUGUUGGUUCAUUGCUCGAUACGCAGAAGGCGCGAGCACAUAUGGACGUUUACUUCUCGAGGAUGAAGGAGCUCGCCAAGUCAAAGAGCGUCAGUUCGCGUAUGCAGUUCAUGUUACAGGACGUCAUUGAACUGCGAGAUCGCAAAUGGGCUGCCCGGUCAACACAAAUGGCAGCGCCGACUACGAUCCAAGGGGUCCACGACGCCGCGGCAAGAGAUGCGGCCAAGGCUGAGAAAGACUCAUACCAGCGGACGAUCAGUAUGUCUCGUGGUGGUUCACGGCGUGGUGCAGAGCGAGGCGACUUCCAAGGGCCAGGACCUGAUGGUUGGACCAAUGUUCAGAGCAGUGGCAGUGGACCGCGGCCUCCACCCAAGGCUGGUGACCUUUCGCAAUUCGGCAAGAUGGGCAGCAGUAGCAAGGCCGGUUUGCCGAUGACGCUUGGCCCGAGUAGCGUGUUCUCUGGGAGGAAGGAUAGCAAGCGCGAAUCACUGUCAAGGACCAGUUCUAACUCCAACAUGUCGAGUAGCAACAUGUUCUCGAUGCUCAGCCAAACCGAAUCCUCUCCAGAGUCAAAGGCACCUGAACCGACCCAACGCAAACGUCUCAUUCUGGCACCUCGUUCGAAACCAACGGAGGAAUCGGCAGCGACUCCUGCUGGGUCAGACGAGAGCGAAUCCGAGUCGGAGGGUGAGGCAGCGGUGGCAGAGAUGUCAGACGAAGCUGCCGACAGGAAAGUUGCUGAAGACUCGAAAGAGUUCUUUGCCAUUCGGAAUCUGGACGAGGCGGAAGCGUAUUUCUCUGCUCUUCCGCCAGCGCAUCACCCUCGGUUGGUGGAAAAAUUGGCUGGAUCGGCGCUGGAGGCCAAGGAGUCGGACGCGCAACUGGUGGCGGAUCUGUUUGGGCGGGCAUCCAGCAAGGAGCUUUGCUCGGCCGAGGCAUUCGAAGAAGGCCUUGCUCCUCUAGCCGAGAUUCUCGAAGACAUUGCCAUCGACGCGCCUAAAGCACCCAACUACUUCGCCCUAAUCAUGAAACUGGUGACGUUUGACGACGAAAGGCAGAAGAGGGUUGCAGAGAAGACUGGCGAUGCCGACAAGCUUCUUGCACUCAUCGCUGCUUCAUAG